UGCCUACUAGGCCAAAUCUGUGGCUCCGUCGGACCUGGCGAGCAUCCCCGGGGAAUGGGAAUAAGGCUUUGAGAAGCGGAAGGCGGCAAGCGCGACGUCCGCGGCGGUGGCACCUGCUUGACCGCGGCUGGCUGGAUCAGGAGGCGGGGAAGUGGGGCUGCCCCCAGUCUUGGGCUAGGGGGACGCGUAGAAGUUCCGACCUAGGUUGCCUUCCCUUGUGGCAGGUGGAAGAAGAAGAGGAAGGGGGAGAAAGGUGGGGCACCUGGCCCCAUCCCACAGAGCACGGUGAAGGAAGCAACAAUUCCAUAGACCUCCAUCUGCAGUUUUAAAGAAAUUAGGCUCUCAAAAUGGAUAUUUUUGGAGACCUGCGGCGAAUGAACAAACGCCAGCUCUAUUACCAAGUUUUAAAUUUUGCCAUGAUCGUGUCUUCAGCCCUAAUGAUAUGGAAAGGCCUUAUUGUUAUCACCGGGAGCGAGAGUCCAAUUGUAGUAGUGCUCAGUGGUAGUAUGGAACCAGCCUUCCACAGAGGAGACCUCUUGUUCUUGACAAAUUUCCGAGAUGACCCCAUCAGAGCUGGAGAAAUUGUGGUUUUCAAAGUCGAAGGAAGAGAUAUUCCAAUCGUGCACAGAGUGAUUAAAGUUCACGAAAAAGAAAAUGGCAACAUCAAAUUUUUGACCAAAGGUGAUAAUAAUGAAGUCGAUGACAGAGGUUUGUACAAAGAAGGACAGAACUGGCUAGAAAAGAAGGAUGUCGUAGGCAGAGCACGAGGGUUUUUGCCAUAUGUUGGAAUGGUAACCAUAAUCAUGAAUGACUAUCCAAAAUUUAAGUAUGCUCUCUUAGCUGUCAUGGGGGCAUAUGUACUUCUGAAACGGGAAUCAUAAAAGAAUCUGGAAUUGCCUCGGACAACUCGUCAGCAUAAUUAUAUGAAGAGAUACUAAUAUAUUUGAAACGUCUCCCUGUCUGCAGAUAAUAUUACGUGACACGUGAAAACCAUAUUUUAUUUGUUUUGUUCCCCUUCAUGCUACAAUCUUAACUGUGGGCAGCCCAGUUGCCUUCAUUGAGUCACACUGAUAUUUUUUUUGUAUUAUAUCCAUUUUCCCCAACCUGGUUCAUCUCCUCAAAUUUUCAGCCAAAAAUGUCUUUUGGGCAUCUUGGGUGGAGAUUACAUGAAUUAUGGUCUAAAACCAGUUUAGGGAAGACAAGAUUCUCUUGGCUGUUUUGUUAGCAAAUAAUUGUUUUAAUUUCUACUUUGUGUUCACUUUUCCUCAUUAGUGACAAAAAUGGAUCUGCUUAUUUUGAAAAUACUUUGGAGAAUAGUUUCAUAGCUGUGAAUCUUGACUACACUGAGAGUUCUAGUUUUUAUUACACCUUUCGUGCAAGGGACCUCUUGGCCCAAUUUGUACCCACUUUCAAAUUAUUCCCAUCUCCCACCCAUCCCACCUGGGCAGCAGUUCAAACAGUUACUGAUGAUUUGUUAAAAAGUCCCUUCUUGUGAAUGAUUUCACAAAGACAGACAAAUGCUUCUAACGAAGAAUUGAACAAUGUAGUUUUGAUUAAGGUUAUAAGAUGCACCUUUCUGCAACAGUGGUGUUCUAGCUGCAUUACUUCAUCAAACCAGCUUGAAAAUCAAGACCCACAAUGAUAUUAUCUGAGUUAGUGCACUUGCACUUGCACUUAUACAGGUAGUCCUUGCUUAACAACACUCAUUGGGGACUGGCAACUCUGCCACUAAGUAACACAGUUGUAAAGCAUGGCAUUACAUGAUUGUGCCAACUUAACCAAUGGCAGUUGUGUAGUUGGGGUUGUUAAGCAAAUCUCACCCAGUCAUCAAGCAACGACAUCACGUGAUCGCCGUUUUCAACUUCCCGCUGGCUUCCCCAGUGACUUUGUCGGAAGCCAGCGGUGAAGGUUGCAAAUGGCAAUCAAGUGGCUGUGAGAUGCUGCAAUAGAACUGCGAGAAGUUUGUCAAGUGCCUAAAAAACAUGAUCAUGUGACCUUGAGAAUGCUGUUACAGAUGGAACUUUGAAGAGUGGUCUUAAGUCUCCUCAUUCAGCAUCGCUGUAACCUUGAACAGUUGUGGAAAAAAAUGGCUGUUAAGGAAGAACUACCUGUAAUGUAAUAACAUGGAGGACGAAAGCCUUUAACUGUCUAGCCUAGCUUGAGUGAAAAUGUAGGAGUCCUUAAUUUACAACCACAACUGAGCCCCAAAUAUCUGUUGCUAAGUAAGACAAUUGUUAAGUGAGUUUUGUCCCAUUUUAUUACUCCUUUCCUACCACAGUUGUUAAGCAGAUGCUGCAACAGUUGUAAGUGUGAAAAACGGAUAUGUCACUUUUUUCCAGUUCAAUUGUAACUUCAAAUAGUCGCUAAGCGAAUGGUUGUAAGUCGAGAACUAACUGUAUGCUCCUGCUAAAUUCCCUUAAUCAUCAGUCAGUCCCAAAUGUUCUGUUGAUUUGGAUUUGCAGUCUAAGAAAACUAUAGAGAGUGUUUCUCAAUUUCAGCAACUUCAGGAUAUGUGGACUUUCGACUUCCAGAAUUCCCUAGCUAGCUUGAAUUCUGGAAGUUGAAAUCCCCACAUCCUAAAUUUGCUGAGGGGGAGAAACACUGCUAUGAAAAGUAAGGAGGAUGAUUUUUAAAAAGAUAUGAUAUGCUUUGCAGCUUUUUAAAUUUAAUAUUUAUAGAGGAGUUCCAGUUCCCUUGUUCAGUAAAAUAUUAGAAAGCACAUGAUGCCUACACAUCUGAUACAAUAUAUUUGACACCCAUUUUUUUGUGCCAGUAAUGUACCAUUUCAUUUUUUCUAAAUACCAAUAGUUUAAACCCUCAUGGUUUUGUGUAUAGCCUGUAAUAAAAGCAACAGGUUUACAGAAUUUGCGACCAUAGCUUAGAUUUCACAGCAUAUAAUCGACAAGCAAAGUAUGCCAUUUUUGUGGCUACUGCUUUUCCCCCCCUCCUAAUUGAAUAAAUAUGUGGGAGUCACUUCCAUUUCUCACAAUGUCAGGCAAACCAACUAAACUCAGAGUUUGACUAACCAUGAAUCCAGCUAUAUUGAGAAGGGGAAACUAUUCAUUAAGGCUGUGUGGUGGUUUCAGACACAGGCAAAAACGUGUUCAGGAAUAUAUGACAGGACAUUAACAUAACUCCAGUUUGACUCUUUAAAGUAGCUGCAUCUUUUCCCAGAUUGUACAUUUGACCUUGAAAGUUACCGUAUAGUUGUAGGAAGCUGUGGGAUCCUUGGUACUCUCUGAGCUUGAUUGUUUUCUUGCAACUUCACUCCCUUCUAGCACUUAUAAGAUUGCCUAGUUUAGUAAUAAAACGUCUGCAGGAAAACAACCAAGCUCAGAGAGCACCAAGGAUCCCACAGUCCAACUACAAAUAAGCUCUUCUUUUAGUAGUCAUCCAGUAGAAUUAGUAGCCAUCCAAUUCUAUUGGUAGGCACAAUGGCUUAGUGGUUAAAAACACUGAGCUUGUCAGCUGGAAAGCUGGCAGCCCGGGUUCGAGACUUGAGCGCCAUGUGAUGGGUGAACUCCCGUUACUUGCCCCAGCUCCUGCCCACCUAGCAUGCAAAUGAAAGUAGAUAAAUAGGUACCACUUCGGUGGGAAGGUAACAGUGUUCUGUGCACCUUGGCAUAUAGUCAUGCUGGCCACGUGACCAUGGAAAUUUUCUUCGGACAACGCUGGCUCCUUCAGCUAAGAAACAGAGAUGAGUCAGACACGACUGGAAAGGGGAAUCCUUUAUUUUUGUUGGUAGUCAUAGGAAAAUGAACAUUCCCUGGACAUCCUGAAGUGGCAUUUUGCAUCUGCGGUGCUGCAGAGACCUAAUAUUCACUUUACUGCCAAAUGCUAUAAACAUUUAGAUUGGCAACCGUGAAAAAGUCCUAUCACUGACUGGGUUCACACAUCGCAACGUUAAAACGUUAAAACGAGUCCUUUGGGAGUAGGGCAGUAUAUAAAGUAAAAAAAAGUAAAAAAAAGUAAAACGUACCUUUAUUUUGGUUCUGUGUAUUGUGAAGCCAGGAUUUGCAGUCAGUAAAGUGACAGUUAAUAGAACAAUAGUUUAGUACAAUGUGACAUUUUGGUCACAUCAAAUCAUUAAUUAUUUGAUGAUGCUAUUUGGAUGUAUGUAUGUAUGAAGAUCCAUCAGCCCAAAGUAGCUUUAUUAUAAUGAAGAAUGGUCCUGUGCUUGGAUGUUUUGCCUGAAAUUGCUGCUUCUGUAAGCAUUGGAAAAAGGAGGAAAAAAAUGUCCUUGUUAUAGGAUUUACCCAGCCUUGAAAUAAAAAUGGGACUGCUGAAAGUACAUGAAUGAUGCAAGAUAUUUGUCCACUAGAUAGACCAAACCAGACCGCUAAAACUAUAAUAACAACAAAAUCUUGCAAGUCUGUUUAUGUUAUACCUUUUCUUCCUACUUCAGAGAAUUAGAAAGUUUUCUCUUCUGAAUAUUAUCUGCCUGUUGUGGACUUAAAAUAUGUGUUACUGUUCAUUGUCCUGGCAAUGGAACUUGCAUAUCUCCAUCAAAGUCGUCAUCUUUAUUCUCUACAGUACUUUUGAGUUCUUGGUGUUAGAGGGUAUAUUCUUGCAGACAUUUCGUUAGUACUUUGGGUAACAUCAUCAGUGCAUGUGAGAAUGGCCUCUGCCAUUCUCAUUAGUGGCCAUAUGCACCAGGGAUAUAUCCUAUCCUGGUAUAGAAUUGUCCACAAGAAAACUACCAAGCUCAGCUCACCAUGAACUCAACAAUGUAUAAGUUCUAAUAUUAGAACAAGGAAAAUUUGACCUAAAAUCUUUUAUUUUAUCUAUGCUGUGGGCAUAAUCCUUUGUAAUUGCCAUAACUCUACUCCUAUGGGGCUGGGAAAUAGAGUUUGUAGUGUAAAAUUUCUACCCCGAGAUCAGAUUCUAGUUUAAAAGCCCAACACUUGCCCCUCCAACUUUAUUCUUGGCCUUUUAAAUUCCUUUUGUGGCCUUAGGGAAAUCACUUUAAAAAUGUGAAUAAUCUGAGUUAUUUUGUUUAACUUCUGUCUUGCAAUUUCAUGGUAAUAAAUGUGUCAGUCCUUUGUCUUGUUUUUUUUUUAAAGUAAAUUGCUUUAAAGGCUUGCCAGAUUUCUAUGAAAAGACCCACAAAGAAUAAAAACGAAAAACAAGUUGUCAAUUCUUGAGCUGUACUAAUAAAUGUGAUGCCCACACAUCCUUCUCUCUUUGUUUUAUCAUGCUAUGCAAGAAUAUCAUUAAAACAUUGGUGUCUUGGUUUUAUAACUUAA